CAAUAACCGUUUUUCAAUAAGAGUCAUGAACACACGUGGGUUCUUAUCUCCGGUUUUUCAGGUUAUAUUUAUCUGCGGACAUCGAUGACAGCGACGAGUAGUGGUUAUGCUAGAAACUAAAUGUGCUUCAAAAAGCGGCCAUACUCCCACCACUGAAAUUACAGGUAGUUUCCAGCCUGUAUGUAAGACCGUGUGACAGACGAUGAUAUCAAAACUGAUAUCAACAUCACUCGUCAUACGAUUUCUCCGCGAUCGGUUGUUUUUCUCUCCUUUUUUAUAUUGUCUGCUAAUAUAAUUAUACAAAUAAUAUGAUGAGUUACAAAGUCCUUCGCACAAAUAUUAUUAGAGAGAGUCAAAUAUUCACCAAGUGCUUGGGAAUCGCGAUGGCUAAACGCUGUUACAUGAAAACGGCGAACACGAGUACAUCGGAGCAGAAUGACGAGAGAACGACACAUUUUGGUUUCCAAACGAUCCGGGAGAGCGAAAAGGCGAAGGAAGUGCACACUGUAUUUGAAAACGUCGCUAACUCCUAUGAUCUAAUGAACGACGCAAUGAGCAUGGGUAUCCAUCGCAUUUGGAAGGACAUUUUCAUGCAGGAAUUAGGACCGACUCACGGUACUCAUCUCUUGGAUUCCGCCGGUGGCACGGGUGACAUUACGUUUCGGUACAUGAACUUUCUAAGGAACACACCGAAUCCACAUAAUACACGCAGCCACGUAACCGUAUGCGAUAUAAAUCAACAUAUGCUAGACGUUGGCAAGGAGCGGGCAAACAAGUUGGGUCUGUCACAGGACGGUAAUUGCAGCAUUACCUGGAAACGGGAGGAUGCGGAGAAUCUCUCCUUCCCAGAGGACUCGUUCACCGCUUAUACCAUAGCGUUCGGAGUAAGGAACGUGACACGCAUUGACAAGGUAUUAUCUGAGGCGUACAGAGUCCUGCAGCCGGGUGGAAGAUUCCUGUGUCUGGAAUUCAGUCACGUCACCAAUGAGACCCUGCAAUGGUUGUAUGAUCGAUAUUCCUUUCAGAUCAUACCUGUGAUGGGACAAUUGAUUGCCGGACAAUGGAAACCUUAUCAGUAUCUUGUAGAGAGCAUAAGAAGAUUCCCGAAGCAAGAGGAUUUCAAAGAAAUGAUCGAAUCUGCGGGAUUCAGAAACGUGACUUACAGGAAUCUCACUUGUGGUAUGGUGGCUAUCCAUUCGGGAUUUAAAUUGUAAGUAAGGGAUUUCGUUACUGGAACGGGACAGUGAGAACCUCGAGAUAAGGAAGAGCAUCGGCAACAGCGAUACCAAAACACAAAGAAAAUACAUAACGAGAUCUUCAUCUUUAAUUAAUAUCAUUUGCCACGAAGAAGGUGUACGUUAUCUUGCUCAAAUAUACGUUUGUAUUAUAAAAAGAAUAAAUUACGUUAUGUAAAUAUA